UACCUAAUUACCAUGCGAGAAAGCCAGUACAAAUAAGCUGUUUUUGAUUAUUCGGCUUAUCACACAUCAAGAAUCCCAAAUGAGUACAUCUCCCGCCAAAAUCAUUUAAAGUAAACGACUUCGGUUCAGCGAGCACUUCAUUUAGAUUUCAACUUCAACUUCGCUAAAUCUUUCAAAAAUAAAAUAGAGCUAACAAAAACACCCCCGACAAAACUUUCAUACGUAGCCAAAAUGAAAACAGUCUUCAUGGAUGAUUUAUCUGAAAUUUUGCACGGCGAAGGGGCCACUACAUUUCGAAACUUUUCAAACGAGGAAACCGAAAUCGCAGCUCGAGUCAAGCGCACAUACUUCGAAAUGCAUACUUUUCAAACGGUGGAUUUUGUUCGAGGACAACAUAAAAAGUGGUUGCAAUUUAAUCACGCCGAGCUGACGAUCAUGGAAGCAUUAGACAUUCUGAAUAACAUAAUUGAUGAAAGCGACCCCGAUACUGAUGUGCCAAACAUAGUUCAUGCUUUUCAAACUGCCGAGCGUAUCAGAGCUGAUCAUCCAGAUAAACCCUGGUUCCAGCUGACUGGAUUGAUUCAUGACAUUGGAAAAAUUCUUGCGUUCUAUGACGAACCACAUUGGUCUGUUUGUGGCGACACCUUCCCAGUGGGUUGUUUGCCCGAUAGAAGUAUUGCAUUCGGAAUCGAGAGCUUCGAACACAAUCGAGACAUGGGAAACCCAAAUUAUGCUUCAGAGUUCGGACAGUACGAAGCCAACUGUGGUUUAGGAAAUCUAAUGAUGUCAUGGGGCCACGAUGAAUACUUCUACCAAGUUCUUCGUCACAAUGGAUGCACUUUGCCACAACAGGCUAUGGAUAUAAUACGGUUCCAUUCUUUCUACCCAUGGCACGACUCGGGAGCUUACAGGCAUUUAACAACAGCCGACGAUGAAGAGAUUCUGCAAUGGACAAAAGAAUUCAAUAAAUACGAUCUUUACAGCAAAUCUGACAAUCUUCCCGAUAUCCAUGCCCUGAAAACAUAUUACCAAAACUUGAUCGAUCAAUACUGCCCCGGAAAACUUAGAUUUUAAGCCAACACAUAAAUUUUCUAAAGCAAUUUGGUAUCGUAAACUUAGAGCAAGAACUCCAUAGUUAGUAAAUACUGAGUUAUU